AGGAAAUAAUCACCAACACGCUGCUUCCACAGUUGUGCUUAGAAUUCAGGACAGAUUGUGAUAUAUAUUGCCUAGAUUAUUUGCUCGGUAAUGUAUAAACAUUUUGUUGUACUGUAGUUGUUGUUGUUGUUUUUUUAAAGAACAUUUCUAAAGAAGGAAUACGAAAGCAAAAUAUUUUUAAAUUUACAAACUGACUCAGUGUGGCUACAAACAAAGCGACACACUGUCAGGUACACAGGGGUGUAUGAGAAAACAGAUCAAAGUGUAGCCAGUGAAAGUGUGGAUAAUGGAAUGUGUCUAUAGUAAAGAGGAGGUUCCUGACAUAGAAUGUGUCCAAAUUAAAAAAGAGGUCCCUGAAAUUGGCUUCAUCCACAUUAAACAAGAGUUUCCUGAAUUGGACUAUUCCCACAUUAAACAGGAGGACCAGGACCUGGAAUAUUCCCACAUUAAACAAAAGGACUAUGAUCUGGACUAUUCCCACAUUAAACAGGAGGACCAGGACCAGGAUCUGGAAUAUUCCCACAUUAAACAGGAGGACCCAGACCAGGAUCUGGAAAAUUCCCACAUUAAACAGGAGGACCAGGACCUGGAAAAUUCCCACAUUAAACAGGAGGACCAGGACCUGGAAAAUUCCCACAUUAAACAGGAGGACCAGGACCUGGAAUAUUCACACAUUAAACAGGAGGACCAGGACCUGGAACAUUCCCGCAUUAAACAGGAGGACCAGGACCUGGAACAUUCCCACUUUAAACGAGAGGACCAUGACCUGGAACAUUCCCACAUUAAACAGGAGGUUCCUGAUAUGGAGUAUUCUCAAACGAAACAGGAGGUUCAUGACCUGGACUCUGACCACAUUAAACAGGAGGACCAUGAAUUUAAUCCUGAUCACAUUAAAGAGGAGAUCCCUGAAAUUGAAUCUUCUCACAUUAAUGAGGAGAUUCCUGAACACAUUAAGGAAAUCUCAUAUCACUGCAAAGUAUGUGGCAAGGAUUUUAAUCAUGCAGGGACACUUAAAAAUCAUCAGCGAGUUCACUCCCAAGAGAGACCAUUUUGCUGCACUGAAUGUGGAAGGAUUUACAAAAGUUUGGGUUCUCUGAGAAAACACCAGCGGAUUCAUGCUGAAGAAGCAAAAGAAACACCCACUUUUUACUGCAAAAUAUGUGAGAAGAGGUUUAAAUGGGCAGACUGCCAAACAAAACACAUGCGAAUUCACACAGGAGAGAUGCCCUAUUGCUGCACAGAAUGUGGGAGGCGUUUCAGAAGAAUUGACUUUUUGACCAAACACAUGCGAAUACACACAGGCGAGGCCCCCUAUUUGUGCACUGAAUGUGGGAACAGGUUCAAAAGCAAAAGCUCCCUAACCAUACACAGGCGGAUUCACACAGGAGAAACUCCCUAUCCCUGUACUGAAUGUGGGAAGAGAUUCAAAAGGUUGGACUGUAUGAAAAAGCACAGGAGAAUCCACUCGAGGGACUCCCUAUGACUGUGCUGCAUUGGGACCAUUUCAGAAAUGGCAGCGAAAUAAUAUCGGUAAACUCACACCUGAAAACUCAACAGGACAGACUGCACAUGAAUGUACUGUGUGUGGAAAAAGCUUCAGUUACUUAGGAAAUCCUAAAUCCCACCAUAAAAUCCAUACAAGAGCACUCCCUUACAGCUGCACUGUAUGUUUGAAGAGUUUAAAAAACAAUACACUUCUGAAAUAAUAUCAGCGUAUUUACACUGAAAACACCCUCCACUGAUGCUCUGUAUGUAGAGAGAAUAGACAAUGCCUCAAUUUGACAACCAACAUUUUCAAGUCAUUCUAAUCAUAAUGAUUCUCUGUCAAUUAAGUAAAAAACCAAAAACAAACUACUGCUUUUGAAUUUUUUUAUUCACUUUGUGCCCACAGUACAUCAGUCUGUUGAAUGAGCGAUGCAACAUUUUUUUCAAUGCAUGUGGACAAAAUGACGUACAUUGAACUACACCAGUGAUACUUACCCAACAAUAGAAUGAAUGAUUGAUUGGGCAAAUCACGUUGAUGCAAACUAUGCAUUGUUGUUAAAUAUAUGCAUUUGAUAUAAGGAUAGUAAUUCCCAGAGCCCUGCUGUUUUAAUAUAGGUUUAACAAUACUUUGAUUUUCCAUAUGUUGUAUACUUCCAGAAUACUAUAUGAACUUACAUGGAGUGCUGUGUUUAUUUGCUUGAAACCCUCUAAACUGUUAUCAUGUAGUGUUUAUGUAUUUGGCCCACACACAUAUAAAUAAAUGCAAUUAGGUAUCAAUACUAGCGGUGUAACAAUUCAUUUUAUAUAAGCGAAUUGUGAUCUGACAUUUUUACUGAUGCACCAAGGCUGUAAACUGAAAAUGAAUGGAUUUAUUUAAUAGCUGCCAAUAAUUCCUUCUUAAAGGCAAUUACGUGCACACCCCUAAUAUUGUAUCACGACCUGCAUGUUGCUGAGUGCAUGGUCAUGUGACAUUAGUGUAUUGUUACAGCCCUAAUCAAUAUAGCUGUAGGCCUGUAUACUUUUGCUUUGUUUUUGUUUUCUCAAUGCAGUCUCUUGCAAAUAUUCAUUAUAUUAGAUUUGUUUAUUUCUGGUUCAUGAACACUUUUCCUUUCUGAAAAUAUUGUGUUAAUAACGACCUUGAAUAAUGAGCUGUGAAAAUGUAACAAGCUGUCUUUAAUUUUGUCCAAUAAAAAUAACAGGUUUUGUGGCCAAAUUGAA